AUGUUAAAAAACACAAAAUUGUUCUUCUUUAUAACUUUGAGUUUAACCCAAUAUUAUAACCUUAGUUAUGUAGAUUAUUUCACAUUUAAAUAUCCUCUCAAAAAAGAAUUUAAUGAUAUGAAGUACAUCCUGACUGAGGAGCAUUUUCAAUUCCUGAAAGAAGAUCAAUUAGAAAUCCAAGGUGGUCAAAGUUAAGGGACCGAGAGGGGUGUUGACCAAAACUCUCUGCUUUGGAUAUCCAAGAAACAUGACUAGAGGUAUUACCACAGGUUAUUAAUUCAAGAUGGUCUUGGCAUAUGCUCACUUUCCAAUCAUUAUCAAUCUUAUUGGCAUUGAAAUCAAGAAUAUCCUUGGGGAAAAGAUCAUCCAAAUAUUUUAUGCCUACCAGGAGUGACAUCACUAAAAAUGAAGCUGAUGAAAAGUAUGUCUUAACACUCUAAGGAAAAGAUUUGAAUAUUUCACUCACCUGUGCACUUAUUCAUUAAGCUUGUUCUUUUAAGAACAAGGAUAUUAGACAAUUCUUGGAUGGAAUUUUUUAGUGA